AUUUUGUCUGUGGUCGCAGGCUCUCAGGAUUUUCAGCUUUUAGUGGAGAUUUAUUUUUUCAUUGCUGAUUUUAAUUAAGUGAAAUGAUAGACUGGAUUUGAAACAUUUAAAUAUGGGCAGGCCCUACUUUGGUAUGAUUGGACAAUGGAUAGCAUGAAACAGUUGCGAUAUACACAAUGAGUGCCCCAAGUGGGUGUGUCAACUGCAGUGAUGGCUCGGAGAAGUCUGACCUGAAGCAUGAGGCAGAGGGCUCAGAGGGAGAAGAUGCUCAAAUUAGACUGGCCCCUCAUGUGCAGGCGUACCUCGCACACAAUAGCCCUACAACCAACUGCUGCGGGCUCACCAUCCCCAUUGCCUUUGAAAGGGCUGCCCCGGGUACAUGGUGGAAUCCCAGAUUUGAUUCCAAAAUACUUGAAGGCCAAUAUAGACAUAGUUCCUUUAGACAAAUAAGAUUAAGAUUCAGAUUUGCACUUUUAUACAUUUUGAUAUUUUCUAUAUCAUGGUUUGUCUACUUUGUGGUCCUGGGUUUGAACGGCAUGACAGUGAAGUGGCCAUUUCUGUGUUCUAUAUUUGCUGGAGUCCUCUUGAUAACAUCUGUCAUGUUGUAUGUCACAUUCACUAAUAUAUACAAGGGGUAUACAUUCAAGAUAUCCUUGGUUAUGGCCCUGGCGCUGUGUACUCUAAGCCUGUCACUUGUGACGCUCACCACACAGGUGCAGACGCAUGGGCUGCCUCCCCGCGCAGCCGACAUCAGCCAAUCAGGACAUUUCAUCAUGUGCAUUGAAAUCCUGUUAAUUAUAUACACACUUACACCUCUACCACUUUAUGCCUGUGUUAUCACUGGAAUUUUAUAUUCAAUUGUUUUUGAAGUGUUGAACAUUGUGUUGCACCUGACUGAACAGGAAUGGCAAGGUCCCGGGCUAUUUGUGAGGGUCCUGCUGCAGCUGUGUGUGCACAUUAUCGGUAUACAUAUAUAUUUAAUGACAUUUGUCAGAAUGCGCGGUACGUUUAUGAAAGUAGGCCAGAGUCUGUUGGUGCGGAGGCAGCUAGAAAUGGAGAAGCAGUUGAAAGAGAAAAUGAUACAUUCAGUGAUGCCUCCAAAGCUCGCGAGCUGCCUGAUGGAAGAGCAAGUUUUAGAAUCAGAGCCUAAUCUGAAGAAUCACCAUGAUCCACUCAAUGCGAGGCCUUCUAAUCCCGCCGCGGGAGAUAUUAAGUCACUGUUCCGACCAUUUAACAUGAGUUGUAUGGACAAUGUCAGUAUUUUAUUUGCUGAUAUUGUCGGUUUUACGAGAAUGUCCAGUAAUAAAGGUGCUGAAGAGUUAGUGAAUAUACUGAAUGAUUUGUUUGAGAAGUUUGAUGAGCUGUGUCAGAUACACGGCUGCGAGAAGAUCUCGACGCUAGGGGACUGUUAUUAUUGCGUGUCGGGCUGCCCAGAGCCGCGCCCGGACCACGCCACGUGCUGCGUGGAGAUGGGGUUAGGUAUGAUAGAUGCUAUCCAAGAAUUCGACAGAGAGCGCGGGGAGGGCAUCAACAUGAGAGUGGGCGUGCACACAGGCACGGUGCUGUGCGGGAUCGUGGGCACCCGCCGGUUCAAGUUCGACGUCUGGAGCAACGACGUGUCCUUCGCCAACAAGAUGGAGUCCACCGGCAAGCCCGGACGAGUACAUGUCUCUGAAGAGACCACCAGGUUUCUCGGAGGCUCGUAUGUUCUCGAAGAAGGCGAGGAAGUAUUUGGUCAUAAAACAUACUUCAUAGAGGGCCGUCAGCUGAGCUCCCCGUACGACCACGAGCAGUGCCUCACGCCCUGCAAUCCCGUCAACUUGCGCCUCAUUAUAUCCCCCGCAGCAUCCCCUCAAUCCGUCCUUUCUUUCAUGCAACCCCCGCGCUCCCCCCAAUCUCCACAAGGCUUCAAUGACGCUCGGAAAUCGGACAACUUUCUGUCGCCAGCUCCCUUCCAUUUCCGUGCUAAGGCUAGUUCGCUGCCCAGUAUAUUGGACUCCGACGAAAUGGAUGAAAAAAGGGAGAAAGGGUUCCCGGACAGAACCGACAGCUCAUCUAAAAGUCCUACGUCUGUAGGAAGUUACGGCAAGUACGCGAGUAAGUUGAAGAAUUGGAAGGUGUCGAAAUUCUUAAGAAAACAUUCCGAUACCCCAUUGCACUCAAUAAAGAAACAGGAAUUCAAUGAUGCCGACAAAACUCUUCAAUUACUAUCGUGCGGUGACGCGCCGUCGAGCAACGGUUACCAGCAAGUGCCUAUAGUGAUAGAGGCUCAGGACACCAAGGCCAGGCCGACCAGCAGCAAGCUCAACACGCCGGUGAACCCUGACAUGGUGUCGUUUGAGAAGGAGAUCAUCGAUAUUCGGUCGUACCUGAGCCAGUCAAGGAGUAACAUGUCGCCUUUCGCGAGAAGUAGCAGCUAUAGGUCGCAGUACGGAAGGCCUACUAAUAUUGACAUCCCUGUGUGCCGUGCGCGCAGCUCUACACUGGCCACGCAAGGGGAGCUGCGCGCGUGCGUGCGCAAGCGGCAGGAGGACUCCGUCAGCCUGUGCCCGUCCGUCAACAGCCGCAAGGACAGCGGCAUACGGAGCACCAGCCGCCGCUCCAGCAUACAGCAGCAGAUAUUUGCCCUGAACCACACGGCGAUAGCGGUGUCGCAGCACGACAUGAUGCAGCACCGUGUGUCGGGCUACUACACGUCCUCGCAGUCCUCGCUCAACGAGCCCUCCGGCCGCGCGCGCCUGCCGCCGCCGCUCAACGACCAGCAGGUGCAGUCCUUGCAGAAGCUGCGCAAGCAGUCCGACCUGCAGCUCAUCCGCUGCGUCCAGGACAACGCCAGGUCGGGCAUCAACUACUUCGUCCAACCUCCCCUCAACAGAUUCACUCUCUUCUUCAAGGCGCCAGAGAUAGAGGCGCAAUAUCGCGACAAAGCCCACCGAAGCGACGACUGCGAGGACUUCCCUCCGACUCUGACCACUUCGAGAUUUAACACCGCUUUAGAUAUUCUUGUUUCUGCUAUAAUCUUCCUAGCCGUUUCCGUUUCGAUAUUUGUUUUGUAUCACGCGUGGAGACAGUGGAUCGGGUGGUUCGCGCUCUUCACUGUCAUAGAGGCUAUAACGAUAUCCUGCUGCGUCUACCGACACUACUUGAAAUGGAAGACGAAAGGAAACCCGCCCGUCACGGACACCAUCCGGCGGUCCGUGAAGAUAUUUAGGAAAUUAACGGCUUGGUUUCCGUGGCAUUUAUCGGGCGGGCUGCUCAUCAGCCUGCCGAUUCUGGCUAUUUUAAUAAAUUUCUCCUGUAAUUACACGACGAUGCCCAUUCUGAAGGGCGAGCAGUCCUUUUACGUGUAUCUGUUGUGCAUUAGCAUAGUCCACUUCUGUAAUUUCACCCAAAUGAACUGGCUGGUGAAGAACACUUUGGUGACUUUAUAUGCUGGCCUCUUCCUGUUCCUCGCCGUGCUCGGAUGUCACGAAGUUAAUACUCAAUAUUUAGACGCUGAUAUUAUGCGGCCUUCAAUACUAGCCGCUACUCAUAAUACCUCAUUAAACGCAACCGAUGACUAUUCUGACGACUGGUUAGAGAACAACAUUACCGAGACAGGCGAAAGCAUGCUGCACAAGAUGCAUUUAACGGAGCUUUAUUUAGACAUAGUUUUGCUGCUGAUGCUGGUAUGGUUUCUCAAUAGAGAGUUUGAGAUCAGCUACCGGCUCAGUUUCUACAGCAACGUUGUAGCCAACCGGGACAAGCAGAGGGUUCAGAACAUGCGAAACCAAGCGGACUGGCUCCUCCACAACAUCAUCCCGCGCCACGUCGCCGACCAGCUCAAGAACACCGCCAAGUAUUCUGAAAACCACAAGGACGUCGGUAUUAUAUUCGCUAGCAUAGUCAAUUUCAAUGAAAUGUACGACGAGUCCUACUUAAAGGGAAAGGAAUACCUUAGAGUACUGAACGAGUUAAUCGCGGAUUUCGACGAGCUAUUAGAGAGGCCGGAGUUUCAGCACGUGGAAAAGAUCAAAACUAUAGGAAGCACGUUUAUGGCGGCUAGCGGCCUCAAUCCAGACUUGAGGCACUCUUCCCGCGGCUCGCACGAUCAUCUCUACCAGCUGAUGGACUUUGCGUUAGAAAUGCAGAAAGUUGUAGACAAUUUUAAUCAAGAUUUGCUGGAGUUCGAUUUCAUUCUUCGGAUCGGAUAUAACUUUGGGGAUGUUACGGCUGGGGUUAUCGGUACUACCAAAUUGUACUAUGACAUUUGGGGCGACGCGGUGAACAUCGCGUCUCGCAUGGACUCGACGGGGGUCGUGAAGCGUGUCCAGGUGGGCGAGGCGUGCAUCCCCGUCUUGUCACCCAUCUACGAGUUCGAACAGCGCGGCAGCGUCUACGUCAAAGGCAAAGACGAUAUGAACGUAUAUCUCUUAGUCAGAAAAAAAGAACUCUAGGCGAAACAAACUAUUUAUAAUGGAAAGUAGAAUCUGUGAUUUAAUUAUAUAUUUGUUACUAUGUAGCUAACUUAAUGAGGUUACAGUUUAAGAGAUGCUUGGGUCAUACACAUAUUUAGGUUCUAAUUGGAUUAGAUUUUUCUGUUCCCACAAGUUCUGAACAUUGGUGAAACAAUUAUCCACAAUUUUGGUACAGGCCAAAAUUACGUCGCUUUGUUCGUACAACACUCAACCAGAAAAAAGGCUCCAGUAUGAUUAACUUUUGGGAACAGAAGAAAAAACUUUUGUUUUAAAAGCCUGUGUAUGGCCCGCUUAUUUAUUGUGUGCAUUUCAAAAGUGAUAUAAUGGCUUAAAGAAAUACUCCACAUGUAUAAAGGCUAUUAAUUUAUUGUUAUUUGGCUUAAACCUAGCACUCACUAUCCUGCUGCUAUAGCGAGAGGCAGCCCUGCUAGAGCGAUAUGGUAAUAUUACUAAUGAUGUUAGUUUCUCACUUUAGCAGGCAAGCAGGAUCGUGUGUGGGUUCUAGGUGUUAGCGUGUUGAGUGGCAGCGUGUGUGACGCAUGUUUGUGUGGUGUGAAACAAAUCUCCUUGCCGCAUCCUCUAAUCUGUGACCAGUGCUCUAGUCCACUAUGAAAUUACUGUAUAUGUGACUAAAUAUUAUUUACCCGUCUUAUAUGUAUUUGACCGUAGUUAAUUAUGUAAUUAUUAAUGAGGAAUAUUAACGAUUCUUCCAAAGGGUAGAUAAAUGAUUUGUAACUUAAUUAAUAAGAUGAAAAUGAACUACGAAUGCGUAAUUAAUGGCAACGAAUGGUAUGAGUUGUGGGUGAAACCUGUGUUAGCCGUGUCGUUGUAUCGUAUCGUACUUAAAUCCGAUUUAGAUUGUUUUUGUAAAAUGUCCGAGUACGACGUUCCGAAGCUAAUAACGUUUUCCUCUAGCUUACAGAGUAAUGUACAAUUUGUUGCAAAUUAUAUAUCCGUCGAUGUGCAUUGCCUCAGCUUUAGCUCGGCCUGUUUCAAAAGUAGAAGCAUUUAAUGUUCUAAAUAUUCAAUAAUACGGUUAUUCAAGUAACUUAAUAGUGAUUAAUAUAUUACAAUCAAGUAGCACAAUUUUAUUAAUGCACAGGGUUGCUGCGUUUAUUGUCUACAUAAACAUAAAAUUGUAUUUACGUACAUAUGAUAUCCGAAGACGAUUUGUGUCUUCGUUAAUGAGUUUUUGUGUAAUGUAUAUGCCACAUACGAUGAGAUGUACUUAUACUUAUGUAAGUAAGUACUAUAUUGCCGGAAAAAGAUAUUCUAAAGCGAGCAUUUUACAACCGCGUGUCUUCUCAUUACAUACCUUGUAAGAAUUAUUUAAACUUAUGACAAAAGCCUUGACUAUACAUUCCACUUGUAUUUAUGAUAUUGCCUUCGAAUGUAUAUUUCUACUAGGGAAACGAAGAAUUUAAAGAAUAGAUUUUUUCAGAGGGGACGGUAUUUUACUGAAUGUUGGACCAAAACUGGAUUAUUAGAUGCAAUUAGCUCUCUUCUUACCUCUUCGGUAAUAUUAUUAUAUUUGCUCUUUGUACAUUACAAAUUCGAAGAUGUACUGGUAUAUUUAUAAAUAGAAACCUUCUUGUGAUACGUGAAAAUGGAUAUAUGUAUAUGACUAAUUGACUAUAAUAUUUAAGGAAAACAUUUUUCUUUAUAUACAUGAUAAUCCCUACCUUUUCCAGUAAAACAUCGUAAAAUAAUAAAAGGUAUAAUUUAA